AUGGCCAAGAUCCUUUUGCUGACGUACUCGACCUACAACCACCAGAAUGUGCUGAGCGAGAGCAUCAAGCAAGGUCUCGAAGAGGGCGGCGCGACGGUGACGCACAAGCUCCUGCAGGAGGUCUUGCCGGCAGAGGCGCUCCAGAAGAUGCAUGCUGCUCCGAAGCCUGAUUUGCCAACACUCGAAGAUGUCUCCGAGCUGACAGAAUACGACGGAUUCUUUUUUGCUUUUCCAACUCGCUAUGGACGCGCGCCUGCAGCUUUCAGCUCAUUCGCCGACCGUACCGGCGGAUUAUGGGCCAAAGGAGCUCUCCUCGGCAAAACCGCAACGAUCUGCACCUCUGCAGGCUCGCAGCAUGGAGGUCUGGAAAGCACAGCUCUGACGACGUUGCCUUUCUUCGUCCAUCACGGUAUUGUCUAUGUGCCUCUGGGUCCUGUCGCCCAAGAAGUCGGCCAGAACACAGAGAUCCACGGUGCAAGCUUCUACGGUGCAGGCAACAUCGCAAACGGCGAUGGAUCACGCCAGGUCUCCGAACUCGAGAAGACGAUCGCAGUCAAGCACGGCCAGCAUUUCGCUAAGAUCACGGGCUAUCUCGCCAAGGGCAAGGCAUCACCCGCUGCACCCGCUGCCGCUCGUGCGUUGCCGGCCGAUGUCGCUGCGCCCGCCGCACCUGUAACAAACGGUGAAGAGCAAAAGUCAGGUUAUGCUGUCAAACAGGCCGGCAAUACGCCGCAGACGGCGAGCGCGUCUGCUCAAACUGCUUCGGGCAAGAAAGGCCUGUUCAACUGCUGUGCCUCGCCAUCGCAAAAGCAUAAUUUCGAGUCGUAG